UAUUUAUAGAAAAGGGAGAUGAUUUAUGACUGGCGUUUACAUUUUACAUUUCUUUUGUCAUUGCUAUUUGUACACACUCUAAAUGGAACUAACUUUCUACACAUUAUUUCAGCUGAUUUUAUUCAUAGACUGUGGAUUAUGUGUAACAGCGAAUAACGUGAAAAAUUCUAAAUCCAUAUCCGUUGCUGUUGAUGAAAAAUCCCCGGACAUCACGAUUUUAAAUGACUUUCUGGUGAUAAAAAGGAGACCGACAAAGGAACAACAGAACCAAAUUGUGACCUUCCGCCCAACUCCUAAACCCACGAAUGCCCCAACGACGACAACACUCACUCCUACACCAGCGCCACAGAAACCAAGAUCUGUGAAACGAACCUUCAAAAUCAGGACGACAAUCACAAAAGUGUUCCACCCAACACCGCCCCCUCAGCGUAGAAUCAAAGUAUUUGUAAGAAACUGGUAUGACUUCAUUAAGAAUUUCCGCUGGUCAGAUUUUAGAAAACGACGAAGAAACAACCGAUGCCCAAGGUGUUAAUGAAAAAAAAGUAACCUACAUUAUGAACAUAUUAUAACUUUUGUACAUGCCGUGAUUGUUUAUUUUAGCAUUUUGAAAUCCUGCAAUGCUUGUUUGGCUUGGAUUCUUUCAACAUGAAUAUUGUGUCGCUUACAAUUUAUUCUGGCAUGAAUUCUGCAGUUGACGCUAAUCUUUACAAAUAAUAAAAUCAAAACUCCAAAUA